CACGCUCUCUCAACCCAUACCUCCAUCCAUACACUUCUUCUUCCCUGCCUUAGUUUCCACCUUCGCAGGCACGCAUUAUACAUCUUCUCUUGUACAUAUUUACAUAUUUUUAUCCCACGCCCAACACAUUCUUGUGCACAUACAUCUCUCAUCAUGUCCACCACCCAAGCUCCACCUGCUGCCCGCAAACUUUGGGGCGGUCGCUUCAGCGGCAAAACCGAUCCCCUGAUGGAAAAGUUUAAUGCCUCCAUCUCCUUUGACUCGCGCUUUUAUAAGGCCGAUAUCAUCGGCUCCCAAGCCUAUGCCAAGGCGUUGGCCCUCAAGAAGAUCAUCUCCGAAGAUGAAGCCGCCAAGCUGCACGAGGGUCUCAACAGCGUCCUCGCCGAAUGGGAAGCCAACUCCUUCCAGCUCCAGGAUGGCGACGAGGACAUUCACACCGCCAACGAGCGUCGACUCGGAGAGAUCAUCGGCACUCACAUCUCAGGCAAACUUCACACUGGACGCUCCCGCAACGAUCAGGUCGCGACCGAUUUCCGUAUCUGGGUUCGCGAUGAAGGUCGCAAGCUGAUCGCGGUGCUCAAGGAACUGAUUGGCGCUGCUGUGGUCCGUGCCGAGAACGAGAUUGAUGUGAUCAUGCCAGGUUAUACGCACUUGCAGCGCGCUCAGCCGAUUCGUUGGUCGCACUUGAUUCUGGCCCACGCUUGGUCCUGGCAUGCUGAUUGCCAGCGUUUGGAACAGCUGAUUGAUCGCAUGAACCAGUUGCCCUUGGGAUCUGGUGCUCUCGCCGGAAACCCCUUCCAGAUUGAUCGCGAUUUUUUGGCCAAGGAGCUAGGCUUUGAUCGAGUGAUGCCCAACUCGUUAUAUGGUGUCAGUGAUCGCGACUUUGUGGCCGAGUUCCUGUUCUGGGCCUCAUUGACGAUGGUUCAUAUCAGUCGCUUUGCAGAGGAUCUGAUUAUCUACAGCACUGGCGAGUUUGGGUUCGUCCAACUUGCAGACGCAUACAGCACUGGGAGCAGUUUGAUGCCCCAAAAGAAGAACCCGGACAGUCUAGAGCUAUUGCGUGGCAAAUCUGGACGUGUCUUCGGAGGCAUGUCAGGCUUCAUGAUGGCAUACAAGGGCACACCAAGCACUUACAACAAGGAUCUGCAGGAGGACAAGGAGCCCGUCUUUGACGCGUACGAUACCCUGAUGGGCUCCCUUCAGAUCACGACCGGCGUGCUCGCAACAUUAAAGAUUCGUCCCGAGAAGAUGUUGGCCAGCUUGAGCAUAGACAUGCUGGCGACAGAUCUGGCAGAGUACUUGGUCAGGAAGGGUGUUCCUUUCCGUGAGACCCAUCACAUCUCUGGAGAGGCGGUUCGUCUUGCAGAGGAACGGUCAUGCUCGAUGGCGGACCUUUCCCUGGCGGACUUUAAGGGUCUCCACCCAGCUUUCGAGGAGGAUGUGUCGAAGGUGUGGAACUUUGAGCAGAGCAUUGAAAACCGCUGCACGCCUGGAGGCACGAGCCGCGUAACUGUGCAGGCGCAGAUCGAGAGCUUGAAAGCCUUCUUGCAGUAAACUCUGAUAUCGACCGCAAAUAGAUAAAAAAAAAAAGACGCAACGUAAUAAAUGAACGUUUGUACAAAU